AUGAGAGCAGGAAAAGUGUUCCUCUACAUGGCUAUAGUUCACGCUGCACACUGCAUGUCUGUACUGUUAACCCUAGAAAUCAAUAAGAGUUGUAAAUACAACUUUAUGAGCAGUACCCCGAAUGCGCAACACACAACUAAAGUGCGCGCCACGGGAGGAAGAAGUGGAGGUAAGAUAAUAGGACAUGGUCAUUCUUACCCCUCAAACGAGAUUCACAAUGAUGAGUUAAAAAAAUAUGUUGAUACAAACGACGAAAUCUACUUUAAAAAUUCCCCCGUCCUCUCAUGUGUUUCAACACUGAUGGCUUAAAUGCUGCAGAUAGAAAGCGCUAAUCGGGCUCUUAAAAGCUGCUCGCUGAACCCGUUAAGUGUAGACAUGAUCAUCAACGCGUCAUCCACACCUCAUAAUUUGUUCGGUGACGCAAACAACAUUAGUAACAAGCUUGGGUGCAAAAACAGUGUUAACAUGGACUUAACGGCGGCGUGUACAGGAUUCGUUUUCGCCUUUGCUACGGCGUAUAACUUUUUACCCAAGUAUAGGAACAUCCUCAUCGUUGGAAGCGAUGCGCUAAGCAACUUUGUCGACUGGAGGGACCGAAACACAUGUGUUUUAUUCGGCGACGCCGCAGGAGCCGUUGUGUUACAAAGGACAGAACCAAAUGAAGAAAACCACAUAUAUGAUUAUUCCCUAGGAUCGAACAGCGAACUGAAUGAUUUAUUAACAAUAAACUUCGAAUGUGAUAAAUACAAUUUGGAAAACCCAAAUAAAAACAAAUAUGGAAAAUUGAAUAUGAAUGGGAAAGAAGUAUUCAAAUACACCAUUAGCAACUUACCAAAGAUUGUCCAAAAGGCUACACAAGAGGCUAACAUAAAAAUGGAGGAGAUUGACUACUUUAUAUUUCAUCAGGCUAACAUACGAAUUAUAGAGACUGUGUCAAAAAGUUUGGACAUUCCCCUAUCCAAGGUGAAUGCGUUUUCUUUUCCUUAA